AUGCGAAGGUUGAUCACUACAAUAUGUGAUAUUCUUAAUGUCAUGGACAGGAACGCGGCUUCACCGGCGUCGUCUGCUGCCACCAUGAAAAAGACGGCGGUGGGCGUCAGUGGAUGCAGCCACAGCAGCGCAACCAAGGCUGCUGCUGUGGCCAAAUGCGCCAGAAGCAACAGCAGCCACAACUGUCUGGAUUCCUCCAGCUCCACCGGGGCACCGGGCGGCAAGCAGCCCGGUGUGGCGAGUAGAAAAGUGAUGGACAAGACCGGGGACGGAGAACAGGAGCCUAAGUUUCAGCAUCCGCGGCUGCACCGAGCCGGGGGGAGCGGCAGUGGCGGAAGUGGUGGAGGAGGAGGUGGUGGUGUUGGUGGAGGAGGAGGUGGUGGUGUUGGUGGAGGAGGAGGAGGCAGUACCAGGAUGAAGAACUUUACGCCAGGAGGGGGAGCCGCGACCUCGGCUUCCAGGAGGAACUCCAACAAGGAGCCCUGCCUCACGCACACAGAGGACGCUGCUGCUGCUGCUGCUGCUGCUGCUGCUGCUGCUGCUGCUGCCGCCCCACGGCCCUCCGCUGCCUCCAGAGCCACCGAGACCCAGACACCCAGUCCGGGCGAUGCUGCCCAGCGCGGCGAUACCAGCAGAGCAUCAGGGGCGGAUGCGGCCGCGGUAGAGGUUGCGAGCGCGACAGCGGGUGAUGUUUGCGCUGCUCCAUUUUCCAGCAUGAAAUGCAACAAAAACGGGGAAUGCAGGAGGGACUCGGGUACCGGGAGCCUGCGCUCAAUCAUCUCCAAGCAGGAGAAGCAGACAGGAGGGUCGACGAGGGCCGAGGACGCAGGAAGCGUCAAGCGAGGAGCUCGUAACUCGACCACCGCCAGCAUGGACGGCUCCAUAACGCCAGGUGGGUCCCUGACCGGGGGGCAUGGAGGAGACAGUGCAAACCCCGCUGCUACCCCGGUGUCCGGCGGUGUCCCUGAGAAGAAGGACUCCAAGGUGUCCUUCUCAAACGCACCGAGCCGGAAAGCCUCGUCCUCGCUGCACGGGCCGACCCAGACCCAGCAGCCCAGGAACUCUGUCACUUUCCAGAAGACGGAGGAUGGACCGCCGAUUGUGCCCGCCGACGACGCGGAGCCUCGGGGCAGCCAAGCCAGUUUCAUGCAACGGCAGUUCAGCAGCAUGCUGCAGCCGGGAGUUAACAAAUUCUCCUUACGCAUGUAUGGCAGUCAGAAAGCAGUGGAGAGGGAACAGGAGAGGGUCAAAUCUGCUGGGAAUUGGAUUAUCCACCCUUACAGUGAUUUCAGGUUCUACUGGGAUUUCACAAUGCUGCUGUUUAUGGUGGGAAACCUGAUCAUCAUCCCAGUGGGCAUCACCUUCUUCAAGGAGGAGACCACAACGCCCUGGAUCAUCUUCAACGUGGUCUCGGACACUUUCUUCCUCAUGGACCUGGUCCUCAACUUUCGCACAGGAAUCAUCAUUGAGGACAACUCUGACAUCAUUUUAGACCCUAAAACUAUAAAGACGAAAUACCUUAAAACUUGGUUCAUAGUGGACUUCAUCUCUUCCAUACCGGUGGAUUAUAUAUUUCUUAUAGUGGAGAAGGGAAUCGACUCUGAGGUGUACAAGACUGCCCGAGCCCUGAGGAUCGUUCGCUUUACUAAGAUCCUCAGUCUUCUGAGACUGUUGAGGCUCUCCAGAUUAAUACGCUAUAUUCACCAAUGGGAGGAGAUCUUCCAUAUGACCUAUGACCUGGCCAGUGCGGUGAUGCGGAUCAUCAACCUGAUUGGUAUGAUGCUGCUGCUGUGCCACUGGGACGGCUGCCUACAGUUCUUGGUUCCAAUGCUGCAGGACUUCCCCUCAGACUGCUGGGUGUCUCUCAACAAGAUGGAGAACGACACCUGGUCAGAGCUGUACUCCUUCGCCGUGUUUAAGGCCAUGAGCCACAUGCUGUGCAUCGGUUACGGUCGACAAGCCCCGGAGAGUCUGUCAGACAUCUGGCUGACCAUGCUGAGUAUGAUUGUCGGAGCUACUUGCUACGCCGUUUUCAUCGGCCAUGCAACAGCUCUGAUCCAGUCCCUGGACUCCUCUAGGCGGCAGUACCAGGAGAAGUACAAACAAGUGGAGCAGUACAUGUCCUUCCACAAGCUGCCCGCUGACUUCAGACAGAAAAUCCAUGACUAUUACGAGCACAGGUACCAGGGCAAGAUGUUUGACGAGGAGAGCAUUCUGGGAGAACUCAGUGAGCCCCUCAGAGAGGAAAUCGUCAACUUCAACUGCCGUAAGCUGGUGGCGUCCAUGCCAUUAUUCGCAAACGCUGAGCCCAACUUUGUGACAGCCAUGUUGACCAAGCUCCGCUUCGAGGUGUUUCAGCCGCACGAUUACAUCAUAAGAGAGGGAACGAUCGGAAAGAAGAUGUACUUCAUCCAGCACGGGGUCUGCAGUGUCAUCACCAAGGGAACUCUGGCAAUGAAACUGUCUGAUGGUUCUUAUUUCGGAGAAAUCUGUUUAUUGACGAGGGGUCGGCGAACAGCCAGCGUGCGAGCUGAGACUUACUGUCGACUCUAUUCACUGUCUGUCGACCACUUUAAUGAGGUGCUGGAGGAAUACCCUAUGAUGAGACGAGCCUUCGAGACGGUAGCCAUUGACCGAUUGGAUCGAAUAGGUAAAAAGAACUCCAUCCUCCAGCACAAGGUUCAGCACGACCUUAACUCGGGGGUCUUCAACAACCAGGAGAAUGAGAUGAUCCAGGAGAUCGUCAAGUAUGAUCGGGAAAUGGUGAAGCUGGUGGACCUGCAGCGGCCGAGGGCCAUGUCCAUGACCCCGUCCAUGGGUGGGAUGUUUGGCACUGGUCAGCCGCCAACAGGCUCUGCUAUUGCCACCCUGCAGCAAGCUGUAGCCAUGAGCUUCUGUCCUCAGAUGGCAAGUCCACUGGUGGGUCCAAGUACUUUGCAGUCUCCACGUAUGGUGCGAAGGUUUCAGGUAAUACAGAACUUGUCCAGUCCGGUCUCGAUGUCUCCUCUCCAGUCCCAACCGCCUCAGGCGUUUGGAGGGGCGUUUGGUUCAGCAAUCUCCAGCCCUCCAGUCCAAAGCCCACUUGCAACUUCAGGACGGACUUUUCAGUACAUGGCCAGUGCAGGGCCCUCUGGUUCUCAGUUGUCCUUAGUACAGCACCAUGCACCCAGCCCUACACAGACCCAGCAGAGGCCUGCCUCACACAAAAGCACCCACUCCCUUCACACAGGCAGCUUGAGCCAGGAUACCAGAGCCCUGUCUGCCUCCCAGCCUUCACUUCCCCAGGAAGGAACACCACCAGCUGUCCCAGCAGCACCAAGCCCUCCGCCCUCCACACGCACAUCCAACACCUCUAUCGGCCCCCCUCAGCCCACUCACCCAGGCCUGCCGGGCUCCUCAGGGGUAGGGAGAUCAGCUGGAGCUCAACAGAGGGUGGCCUUUGCCUCCACGCCACCUCCUGGUGGACCUGCAGCGGCAUCAGCUGCUGCCGGAACAGGGACUUCAGACUCUGGAGUGCCGAAGAAAGAUUCAAUUGUCAGCCUUCCAGAGCUAGACUCUGCCAGAUCCCGGCUGUCUUCCAACUUGUGACCCUGGUAGAGUUCAGGAAAGAGGCCUUUUUUGUAGGUGAACCUGUUUGAUCAUGGUUAGUCCGGCGGUUCUAGCAGCCUGCUAAAUGACCAAUCAGCUACCGUUCUCACCACUGGUCAUGUGUGGUGACAUCAGCAGAAGGAAAACAGCAACUCAGAGACUGGUGAGACCCUGGAGAGUCAGAGUGUAAACAGUGAGACGUGUGUAGGUUAAGGUUGAACUGGUCUGGUCAGCUGAACCAGCACCUUUAGUCUUAGUAUCACCCCAAACACUUUGCUUCCAAACACCUACUGUAUAUUGUUGUCUUUGCUGUAAAGUUAAGAUUAUUGUAACUAUUACAUACUGUGUAGAAUCCAUGCAAUGCAAUCUAGCAGGAGCUGGACUUAAAAAUGAAAAUCAGGGACUUGAGGUCAAACGACAAUGACAUUUUAGGCGAUCAAAAGUGUUUUGAGUGUGAUUUUUAUUUCUGUAUAAGCUGUUGUAGCAAAAGAACACACGCGCUCUUCAUAUUAUUUAAAAAACGGUAGUGAAAAUAGUGUUUCAGACAGCUGGUCGAUCACACAUGGACGUGUACAUAGUUGAUGGAAACGCGUGGAAGGAUAUUAUACUCAUUGUAUCUACCCAAACCAAAGUUGAGCUUGAACACAAAGUCUGGUUGUGUCUGUAUCAACUAAAAAAAGAAACAUAGAAGAAAAUGCCAUUUAUUUAACUGCCUUGAUUCAACGUUAGAAGCCAUAUAUUUGGUUUGUGUGCGCGUAAAUGUGUAUGUGGCCGUACGUUUGUGUGCGUGAGUUUCUCGGCGCGUCUUGGUUCUGUUUUCAGAGAAUGGAGUCACAUGAUCUGCACACUGCUGUGGCUCGUGUGACCAACCCGUUUCCGUGGAACAUCUGGGAGUCGGUCUGCUGUGUGGUCAACGUGCCGGUUGUAACUCCGAGGGCGUGAUAAAUGUGAUAAAUUACCUGAGCUUUAUCAAAAGAAGCAUUUGUGAACCAGUCAUACUGUAUACUCGCUUGUUUUUCGUCUAGGUUUAUUAAUUGACACAUGCAAUAUAAUUCUGCAAUACUCUACCCCGCCUAUAUAUAAAUAUAUACAUAUGGAUAUAAAUAUCUAUACAUAUUGUGUACAGGAAAGUUAACUUUUUUUUCCUCCUUCCUUCUGUUUUCUUUUUAUCGUGAAAUCUCAAAGAAUCCAGCAGCUACUGUGGCUUCCCUUGAGGUAUUGUAAUCCAGUGACCAUGUCGUUAUCUUAACCAAAAAUAUUUGAGGGAAUGAGAGAAUGUGUGUUUUAGUAUAAAUAUUAUCAUUUAACAGACUGGACAAACUGCUGAGAACAAACUCUGGGCAGCAGUUUUAAUCCACACAUUCAGUUCAGCACGUUUUCACAGGUCUCACUUUCAAGAUAAUAAAAGGUAAAAUCAUAGAGGGGGCUGUUAGAGGAAGGCAAUAUGGGGCAAUAAUGCUUCACUUGUAAAAGUCAUGCCACAUUUCCUCCCCCCCCCGCAACAUCCACAACAUCCACAAAUGUCACCCUGAUCACAUCUACAUAGUUGAGAUUUUUGGGGAUGUGGCUGAGGCUAUCGUUUCAUUUCUUCU